CGCCGCGCAUCGUUUUCUGUUGCUUUCAACAGCCAUGAAGGUCUUCAAGGACGUCUUUACUGGUACGCACUCCACCUGCUGCAGAUCUGCCUGAUUUCCCUCUCUCUGAUCUGCUACUGCUGCAAUGUGACGUGUCUGUCAGGUGACGAGCUGAUGUCCGACUCGUACAAGCACCAGGCACCGUUCGGCGACGAAUCCCUCGCAGACGUUGCCUUUGAGGUGGAGGCCAAGGUGAGGCGAUUGAGAAGAGGGAACCACACGUGUCCGUGUGCCCUCCCUGUGCAAGUGUGUGCUCGUGUCUGUUUGUGUUUGUGUUUGUGUGUCGGUUUAUCUUAUUGCAGCGAGUGAGCAAGGGCGGUGAGGAUUUCGGCGUGGCGGCCAACGUGGAUGAGGACGCGGGGGAGGGGGCGACGGCAGACGGCGGCGAGGCCGCAGAGAUGGUCAUCGAUAUCGUCGAUGGAUUCAAAGUCAGGGCGGCAGACAGACAGACAGACAGACAGACAGACAGACAGAGAGGGAGGGAGGGAGGGAGGGAGGGGGGCGGCGGAGCAGAGAACACGCAAUGCAUGUUGGUUGCUAUGGGUUGGUGUGGUGUGACUGAUGUCAUGUAGUUGUGCGAGACUGGGUUCUCCAAGAAGGAUUUCGGGGUGUACAUCAAGGCGUACAUGCAGCGCGUCAAGAAGUACCUCGAGGAGAACAACCCCGACAGAGUCGAGAAGUUCAUGGCCGGCGCACAGGCACUCGUCAAGAAAUUCCUCGGCAUGUUCGAUGACCUCCAGUUGUAGGCACACACACACACACACACACACACGCCUCCCCACCCCCCUGUGUGUGGACCUGUGUGUGGAUCUGUGUGUCGAUUUGUGUGUCCGUGUGUGGAUGUUGCAGCUUUAUGGGCGAGAGCAUGGACAGCGAGGCGGGCAUGGUGUACGCCUAUUACGGAGACGGCAAGGAGGCGCCCACCUGCGUCUACUUCAUCGACGGCCUCAAGGAAGAGAAAUACUAACCCACGCAUGCCCGCCCACCCCCCCAUCUCCGCCUGUCUGCCUGUCGAUGCAUCCCAUUGCCCCAUGCGUGUGCCUUCCAUCUUUGUGAACGUGUCCGUGCGUGUGCGUGCAUGUGUUUCUGGUCGGUGAGCCAGAAGCGUGAAUCCGUGGCGAUUUUGGUGCAUUGAGCCGAUCGGUGGAUGGUUGGAUGGAUGGAUGGCAUGAGUGGGGGUGUGGGUGCAUGCGGCAUAAAUUGCACGCACCCCCUCCACCUUUGCGUGAGUGAGUCAGGGUGGGAAACACAGUAGGGCGUCCGUGUGUUGUGUUCUUUUCGGGACUUUCAAGCCAUGUGCAUGCAUGUUAUCAAUUCGUCGUGAGUGACCUGAC